UAUGUUAAAAUAAUAAAACAUACAAGUGAGGAAACUAGCUUUGCUAAUUAUGUUUUAAAAAAAUAGCAUGAAUUAGAAGUGGCUAUGCAAUAAGUUAUACAUCAACCAUAAAUAAAAAAUUCAUUUUCAAGACAUCUACCUAAGAUAUAAGAAUAACAAAAAACAUCUCCUUAUUUAAUUAGAGCAUUAGUAAAAAAUAGAUACCCAACGGAACCUGUAGAAUAGAAGAAGGAAAUAGAUUAGAUGAAA